CGGCCUGGAGCAGCUGCUGGACGUCCAGAGCUUGUCCCAAGGGAUGGCUGAGCCCCGCGCCCCCGGGGAGGGGGAUCUGUGCCCCGGACUCAUCAAGAUCCGCCUCAAGUUCCUCAACGACACCGAGGAGGUGGCGAUGGCCCGGCCUGAGGACACCGUGGGGGUCCUCAAGAGUAAAUACUUUGCGGGCCAGGAGAGCCAGAUGAAGCUCAUCUACCGCGGGCAGCUGCUGCAGGACCAGGCGCGGACACUGCGCUCGCUCCGCAUCACGGACAACUGUGUCAUCCACUGCCACCGCUCCCGGGGAGCCACCACGGCCACCCCCGCCCUGCCCGACCCUGUCCCCGCCGGCCCUGCGGCCCCGGGGCUGCCCCUGGGCGGGGGGACCCUCAUGGUCCCCACCGUCAUGGUGGUGCUGGCGCUCGGGUGGUAUUUCCGCGUCAACUACCGGCAGCUCUUCACCACCCCGGCCACCGUGUCCCUCAUCGGGGUCACCGUCCUGGUCACCUUCCUGGCCUUCGGGGUGUAUGGACAGUCUGGAUGAGUUGGGAAGGAGCUGGGGAGGCACCCCAGUGUCCCUGUCCCCACUGUCCCCGUCCCUGUGGCAUUACAGUGACCAGAGCCAGCACGGCAGGGGCUCUUUGGCCCAGUCUCGCUGCCAGAUUUUAUCCCCCCAAAAAGGGGCUGUGCCCCCCCCCCUCAGAACUCCAUUCAUCCCAUUCCCAGUCCCAGCUCUGGGGGAGUGGGACAGCACUGGAAUGGGCUGUGGCUUCUUCCCAAGGUCUUUUUAAAGCAAAUAAAAGGGUGUUAAGUCACCCCAGCGCUCACCUUCCCA